UGUGGCAAUGAUCAGAUUCAGGGAACAGAGAAAAAAUAAAAAUGACGUUAGCUGUUGGGCUUAAUUUUGGUAGAAUAUUUCACAAAAGUGUUUCCAGAUCACUAAUGUUAUCAAAAUUAAAUAAACAGAUUUUGAAAAGGCAUUAAUUGAUUCAAACUGUGAUAGUAAUAAUUUCAGGAAAAAAAUGUAUCAAUGGAAAUAAAAUUUGACAAAACUGUGUAAAAAAAUGUUAGAAAAUGUAAAAACUAGCUGCUGUACCAUAACUAAACAGAUAUAAUGCUAAAGAAACUGCUGCUUCAGGAACUGCAGCUGACAAAUGAACUUAAGUUAUAUAAUUAGGAAAUCAUGUAAUUAGACAGUAAACAAAAACUAACUCAAGAAACUUCAAAUCUACAAACAUUAUUAAAACACAGUGAAACCAACAAUGGAUGAUGCAGCAAGAGAAGUGUUAAAGGUCCAAUACUAAGGAAAGUGAACAUUUUAAUUUCUUUUAAAAAGCACAGAAACUAUUUCAUUUUAUUGGAAAAUGAAAGUUGGUAUGUAGAAAUUCGAAAUAAAUCGCAGUAUAUGUACAAUUAUUUUUCUAUGAAGUAUGAAGAAAGUUAAAAAGACCUGGGGGGUCAUUCUGUCGAUUCAUUGAAAUUUCAACAUAAUACACAUACAUUUCUUUGAGUUCCAAAGACCAUCUGUAAAUUUUGACCUGCCAAUCUUCAUUAUUUAGUGUCUUGCAGAAGUCUAUGCACUGGCUAUGAAAAAAAUUGCCAACUCACUUUCCCUUAGUAAUGGACCUUUAAGGAAAUGGAAACCAGAGAUAAAGAAAAACCUAAAUUUGGAUGAAGACAUUUUGGAUACUUUGGAGGCAAGGAAUACUCUAAGUGGUGAAAAUGUUGCAAAAAUAAAGACUGAGAGGACACACUCUGAAAAGAUCUCCAAGUUAUUAUUUAUAUUACAAAGAAAGGGACCAGAUGCAUUUCAAGAUUUUAUUGAUGCAAUCAAUCCUGCAUACAAAUUUCUUGCUGAUAAAUUAAUGGAAAGGUAUCAUGAAGAAGUCAAGAAACUAGACAGAGAAUUUCUAGCAGACUCUGGCAACAGUUCUGAAGGAUCCCCGGAGCCAACUGAAAAUGCUAAAUCUGAUAUUUCUAAUGCUGCUAAAGAACCAGUUUCUCCAAGCAGGAAGAACCCACCCAGCUUGCCACAUGUAGAACAAAAUCAUACUCAUACAAUAAACAGGAGCAACAGAAAUGAAUUGAUGCAUGUUCAACUUCCUCCUGAAAGCCAUUCUUUAAGAUGACAAUCAAACCAUUCAUUAGACUUUGCAAUCCAUCCAACCAACCACUUUUUACACAAUUCAAGAAGAUCCAGCCAUUCCAUAGACUUUGCAACUCAUCAGAGUUUGAAUGGAAUGUAUACAAAGCUUAAAAUGCAUCUAUUCCACAUGAAUGAACGUGAGCAAUAAUUCAGCAGUCCUGUGCCUGUCACCUUUGAUAUGGUUGAAGAUCUGCUGGACAAAUUACUAAAACUGGAGCAAAACUGUUCUAAGGCAAUAGAAGCAACUAACAAGGACUCUUUACUUACAAGCAUCAUUAACCUCAAAAUAUUGAAGGGGGAGCUACAUAACAAUUUGAACAAGAAAGAGGAGCAAGUACAGAAAUAUGCUAGUAAAAUUUUGAAGCUUGAAACCAAAUGAAAAAAUAAUGAAAUGACACUUCAUCAACAGCAGAAGACUGUAGAAUCUCUAAGACUGGAAAACCAGCAUUUAAAUGAAGAAAAUGAAAAGCUCAAGGAAAGCCUUUGCCAAACCGAACAAAGUAAACAGACUGAGGGUGAGGCUGAUCUUAAAGACAAAAGUCUAAGGCACAUGAGUAGGCAGAAUGAAGAACUGAGAAAAAAAGUUGCCAAAUAUGAAAAAGAGCUUGAAAUAAUGAGUCAAAAGUUCAGUGUUUUAUAUAAACAAACCCAAGAUCAAACAAGUCAAUCAAAUGCGAUGUCAAACGAUGAUCCUGUAUUAGCAGCAUUCCUAGAAAACGGAAAGAGAAAGGAAGUAGCCGCUAAGACAAUAGUUUCAGAAGCAAAUGAUGCUGCCAAGCCACGACCUUCAACCUUACAGGAAUGUAGGGAAAUGUGUGCAGGAACUACUUCUAGAUAUAACAUGCAACAAAUGAAAAACAAAAUUCUGUUUGCUGAGGCAAAGCGAACUGAAAGUAAGAAUCAGAAAGAUUCAGACUACCAAGAAAGAAUUAUAUGUGAUGGUGCAAUGGCUCAGCAAAAAGAUGAUGACUUUCAUGACAAAAGAAGACAACCAUAUGGAACAACAAACUCUUAUGAAACAAUGGCAAAAUUAACUGCGAGUAAGCUUAGUGUUACACAUUCCAAUGUACUGAAACAGAAGUCACCUCUUCAAGUCAGAAAGCCAUUGACUUACAAGGGUUUGAAAAAAAAUCCAAGGUGGGGGAAAAAAACACUCCGGUGAAAUCAACGAAUAAUGACUAGCUUAAUAUUGUGUUGGAAUCGU